AUGCUCUGGGUUGGGUCUCUCGCCGUCGCCCCACCAGCCCACCGUCAUUCGUCAAGUGGCUUCUUGCCUCACAAGUUCGAGGCUUUUCAUCUUUCUUGUCUCUCACCCUCCCCAGGUAUAUUUGAUGCUCAACAUCUGAUUUGGAUUGAUGUUUCUGCAAAGCAUUUAAAAAUCUUAUUCCAGGGGGCACUAAGAUUUGCAAUAUACAAACAUUUUGUGCUCCAUGAUAUCAGUUUGGAUUGCAUUUCUUUCGAGUCUGACUCCUCCACCACUCCAACAAAGUUGGGUUUUUCGCUUCUGUUCUUUUGUUCUUCAUCUCCAACCAGAAACUUUGGGUGGUCAACUGAUUCCCCUAAACUCAGAUUGGAUGAGGCCUUAGGUGAUGAGGAGGAAGAUGAGGAUAAAGAUAAAGAUUAUGAAAGGAAUGAUACCCACGUUGGCCACUGUAGGGACGGUCUUGCUGAAGAUGUGAAAACCAUUUUGAAUAUAAUACAUAACUCAGGGCGCAGAGCGUCUGAAAUUGAAUACAAGCUUGAGAAGUGCAAUAUUACAACAUCAUCUGAGUUGGUUGUGGAGAUCCUUUCAAUAAUUCGCAAUGAUUGGGAAGUAGCUUUCACUUUUUUCUUGUGGGCCGGCAAGCAACCAGGUUACACUCAUUCCAUUCAGGAGUACCAUUCUAUGAUAUCUAUCCUUGGCAAAAUGAGAAAGUUUGACAUUGCUUGGGCAUUAAUUGAGGAGAUGAGAGGAGGUAAAUCUGGUCCAUCUCUUGUCACUCCUCGAACUCUCUUGAUCAUGAUUAGACAACAUUGUGCUGUACGUGAUGUUGGGAUGGCUUUAAAUACAUUCUGUGCUUAUAAACAAUUUAACUUUCAAGUUGGAUUAGAGGAAUUUCAAAGCCUUCUUUCUUCGCUUUGUGAAUACAAGAAUGUACUAGAUGCUGAGCACCUAUUCUUCCGCCUUAAAAGUGUAUUCCCAUUUAAUACCAAGAGCUUUAACAUUAUCCUCGAUGGAUGGUGUAAUGUGAUUGUUAGCACAUUUCAUGCGCAGAGAAUUUGGCAGGAGAUGAGUAGGAGAGGAAUCAAAUAUGAUGCCGUCUCAUAUGCCUGUAUUAUGUCUUGCUAUUCAAAAGCUUUUAAACCUGUUAAGGUGCUGAAACUUUUUGACCAGAUGAAGAAAAUGAACAUUACUCCAAAUAGGAAGGUUUAUAAUGCCGUCAUUUUUGCUCUCGCAAAAGGUAGGUGGGUAAAAGAAGCUGUCAACCUUGUGAGAACUAUGGAAGAUGAUGGAAUUGUUCCAACUGUUUCUACGUACAGAUUGUUGAUCAAGGCUCUUUGCAAAGCUCACUUGAUUGAAGAAGCUAAAGUAAUUUUAGAUAAGAUGGUGGGGAAGGGCCUAUGCCCUACAAUUCAGACUUACCAUGCUUUGUUCCGUGUUUUAAGGGCUAAAGAGGAGGCAUUUGAACUUUGGAUCAAGAUGAGAGAGGCGGGUUGCGAACCAACUAUUGAGACUUACAUAAUGUUAAUAAGGAGGUUUUGCCAAUGGCGCCAGCUUAAUGUUGCCCUUAAGUUAUGGAGUGAGAUGAAGGAAUACGGGUUCAACCCUGAUCGUAGCUCUUACGCUGCACUGAUUCAUGGCUUGUUUUUGAACGGAAAAUGGGAGGAUGCUUCCAAAUAUUAUUUAGAGAUGCGAGAGAAAGGCUUCCUCCCAGAACCUAAAGUUGAGAAAAUGAUUCAGGUAUGGGUGUCUAGGAGACAGCAAUCAGAAGAUCCAAUGGCAGUCUUGCUGCGUUCUCAUCUAGGGCAUAAUACUGUGAGAUAGAAACACAAGGUUACACCAUAUAAAUUUGAUCAAUAAAAAUGUCGUUCACCAACAUGAGACCAGAAGAGUACCAGGAGGCCGGUUUCUCUUCUUGGGAUCAGUAGAUUCAUAUGGUACAGAAAGUCCCAGAGGUGGCAUUCUCUUUGGAGAUUACACUCGUCGGGAAUUCUUGUAUAGAACUUCUGAUCAAAAUCAGAAUGCACACACCAAUAUUAGACAGGGAAUUGCCAGUGAAGACGUUUGAAAUUUGUGCAUCUUUGGGGGAUUUUCCAUCAGUUUCUUCCAAGUCCAAGCGUGGUUUUUUGGGCUCCCCAAAAACAAUGUGUGAUUUCCUCAGCUCCACGUGCAAACAGUGCACGGAGGAAGCAGCCAUCCUGGAAAGCCGUACAGGAAGCAGUUCCCAGCCAGCCAUCCCCUACCCAUCAGACGGUCAAUAAAUAAGGGAAAGAAGUAGAAGGCCCGCGGGUCGUGAACUUCUUUUCCUGGAGAAGUACUCCGCUCUCUUUCAUUCUUACAAACCACAGAACGUCCAUGUUUUCUUAAUUGUUUAAAAACAGUUUCCCAGCCUUUGUCGUGCUGUGUAAUAUGCAUGCAGGCAUGAUAUGAACAUCAAGUUUCGCUAGAACUUGGUAGAGCCGAGAGGACGUUCUGCUUCUACAUAUCCUCCAAGGCUGCUCAGAGACGAGAAAGCUGUGGAGUUCGAGUAUAGGAAUCAAGCACACGACCAGGUUCUUUAAUGCCGACCUUUAGGAUUGGUGCGUGAUGAAUCUUGCUCAAAAUAUAGGGAACUGCGAAGGAAGCUGGGCUGACUUCUUCACCGUGACCUGUUGGCUGCUUUGGAGAUACCGCAAUGAACGCCAGAGCAACGUGGUGGAAGGUCCCAGGCUGAGAAUGCUUGAAGGGAACGCCCCUCCUCUUGAGAUUUGGGCUUGCAUGUUGGGUCGCGAUUGGGAGGUGGCACUACAUCAUCUGGAAAGAGAAAUGAUCAAGGAAGCGGACUGCCUCGCUAAGCGUGCCCUCGGUCACCCUCCCCGGAUGUCUGGGCUUUGUGGCAUGAUUGGUAGCCGGGAAGGAAAAAGAACUUGAUUUCCUCUGCAUCUGACAUCAUUAAUUUGGGCCUCUCGAGAAAUUGUCGUUACCACUAUUUCCUACAGCCCGUGCCUAUCGGCUUCCGAUUGAAUUUUAUAACUUUUACAAACUCGCCGGCCUAACUGAACUCGGGAAACUUCUUUGAGGUGGUGUUUAGAAUACCCUUAAAAUUCUUUUAAAAAA